UUCCAGGGAGCGUCAAGGCCACACAACAAGAAAAAACCUGCAAUCUUAGAACACGUCGACUACGCCUGUGGUGGUGUUGCGGCUGCAACCCGGCUGCCGUUCAUCUCAUUAUGAUUGUCGAUGCCUGGGAUUACAUCGCCCCAUAUGGCUGGAUUAUUACAAUUGGCCUCGUCACUGCUUAUUUAUUGUAUAACCGAAUGAUCAAGCCGACAUUGGACAUAUUAGAACAAGAAGAAAGAACUGCUCAGCAGAAGAAGUUUGAUGAUGAUGUAAAUGCUCGUGUUGCUUCGAGACUAACCGCGAUUAGAGAGAAACAGCAAAUGGAACACGAAAGAGUUGCAGAGGAAACUAAGCGCUUAGCAGAAGAAGCUGCGAAGCAGAGGUUGAAGGAGUUGGAAGAGAGGGAACGAAAGAAGAAUGUCCUCGAGGCCACACUCCUGACAUACGAUAUAAACAUGCACAAAAAGAAAGCUUCGGAGAACCGAUCGCCUGCUGAGAUUAUCGAUGAGUACAUAGCGUCGAAACCGAUAGUGGUGUUCAGCAAAACAUGGUGUCUAUUUUGCAAGAAAGCGAAGGCAGCUCUAGCAACAUUUCGAUUAAACCAAAGGCACUUUGAGUAUGUAGAACUUGACGAACGCACCGACCUGCCGGGUGAUAAAAUUCAGGACGAGUUUGAGAAGAGGUACGGCAGCAGAUCUGUACCCAAAGUGUUUAUCGGUGGAGAACUUAUCGGAGGUGGAGACGAUGUUGUUCGACUGCUACACGAAGGUGUGCUUGAGGUUUUGGUGAAUAGUGCAUUGGGAAUCAACUAGAUGAUGUAAAUGUGGUGUACAACACUUUUCAUGGUAUAUUUUAUUACUGGUAUUUUGCUGCAGAGAAUUUAAGAGUAAAACCAUUCAAAUAAGCAUUCUCUUAUCCACAUUGUUAUAAAAUCUGCCUAAUUGUUAUUAUGAACAUGAUGUACACGUUCGCUUUAACCCGUGUUCACCACUCGGACAGUUGCAAAUAGCACAGAGCAAAUCAUAAAACAAUAGCGGAAAUAAAUCGCUGUAGAAAAGAAAAGAAACCAUUUGUAGCAUGCAGUUGAAAUGUUUCACUAUGAUAUUGGGAAUGAAAAAUUCAAUAAAUCUCAUUGUGUAGGG